AUGCCCAAUACAAGCCUCGUAGAGCUAAGUAUAUUGCUUGCUCUAUCUACCAUUAAUGUAACGGCGGUUCUGGUCUUUGCUGCCAUAGCAAUCUUUGGGCGCAAACUUGGUUCGAACCUGCUCGGCUCACAAGUAACUGCCAUCUUAUGGAUUAGUCGACUCACCAUUCAAUCUGGUGUCACAGUAACAGCUACCCUGUGUUAUUGCGCAGUAAUAAUUCCUAGGCGCAGCCAUGCCAUCUUUACCUUUGGUAUUAUUGUCAACGUUGUUACUGAAUGGAUAAGACAAGCAGAACUCUUUGGCCCUACUCUAGGUGUCCCUUUGACAAAAAUGCGAUUCAUUCCUGGAUUAUUAGCACUCUCUUAUAUAGGAUCUCUCGUACCAGACCUAUUCCUACUGCUUGGUCAGUGGCCGGAAAUCGCAUUGAUUGUUGUCUGCAUCCUACACCGGCUAUCGAUUGCCACCAUCGUACCGACUUACCGUCUAUUCUACCAACAUACACCUAUACCAUGGCUUUGGGUGGCUGGAAAUAUUUUGGGCGCGACCGCCCUGUUUGGUGCUCUAGGACUCAACUCACUCGGCUGUCGGCUUUAUCUAUAUGCCGUAUCCUCAGCAUUUGAAAUUGGUUUUGGCAUUGCUAUUAUUCUCGCAAAGUAUUAA